AAAGUGGUGUGGUCUUUGGGGGUCGUGGUGGCCGCAACUGCGGGGCCAUGCUAAGCUGGCUGCAAGAUGUUCUGUGGCCCUCCAAGGCCCCCAAGAGUGACUAUGAUGACCUGGUCUUUGAGAUCCUCUUCGAAGACCUGGACCGCAAUGGAGAUGGCGUGGUAGACAUCACGGAGCUCAGGGAUGGGCUGGAACACUGGAACUCCUACUUUGGCAAAGACCCCGAGAAGAAAAUUCUUAAGAGUGCAGAUUCCAAUGCCGAUUCAGGACUGGAUUUUGGAGAAUUUGUGAAGUACCUUCAAGACCAUGAGAAGAAAAUGAAACUGGCAUUCAAGAGUCUGGACAAAAAUGCCGAUGGCGUAAUAGAUGCUUCUGAAGUAGUUGCUGCCGUGAAAUCAUUGGGAAUCCACAUUUCUCUCAAUCAGGCCAACGACAUCCUGAAAAGCAUGGAUGCCGAUGGGUCAAUGACAGUAGACUGGGAUGAAUGGAGAGACUACUUUUUCUUUCACCCUGCAAAAAAUGUCACCGACAUUAUUCGUUUCUGGAAGCAUUCUACUAUAAUUGAUAUAGGAGAGAGUAUAAGUACUCCAGAUGAAUUUACAGAACAAGAGAAGAAGUCUGGAGAAUGGUGGAAGAGAUUAGUAGCAGCAGGAAUAGCGAGUGCGAUCACACGGACGUGCACGGCGCCUUUGGACCGCUUGAAAGUUGUGAUACAGGUUCAAAGUUCAAAGAUGAGCAAACUGAGAUUGGUCCAUGUGUUCAAGCAGAUGGUAAAAGAAGGAGGCUUGUUUUCUCUUUGGCGAGGAAAUGGUGUAAAUAUUUUUAAAAUUACACCAGAGACGGCAAUCAAGAUUGGGGCCUAUGAACAGUAUAAGAAGCUUCUUAGUUUUGAGGAUGCUAAUUUAGGGUUUCUUCAAAGAUUUAUAGCUGGUUCCAUGGCUGGUAUAACUUCCCAAACCUGUGUUUACCCCUUGGAGGUGAUAAAGACCAGGCUGAUUCUGGGUAGAACUGGAGAGUUCUCUGGGAUUAUUGACUGUGGCAGGAAGCUUCUGAGGAGAGAGGGCAUUCAGGCCUUCAGCAAAGGCUAUGUUCCGAACCUGCUGAGUAUUGUACCGUAUGCAGGCUUGGAUCUCACCAUCUUUGAGCUUCUGAAGAAUUACUGGCUAGAACACUAUGCAGAAAGCUCCGUGAACCCGGGGUUAGCAAUUGUGCUGGCGUGUAGCACACUGUCGCACACUUUAGGCCAGUUGGCCAGUUUCCCCCUGAACCUUGUUAGAACUCGCAUGCAGGCAGCCAUGCUGGAAAAUGAAACAAUACCCAUGAUGCAGCUCAUCCAGGAAAUAUACACCAAAGAAGGGAAGAAGGGAUUUUUUAGGGGUUUAACCCCUAAUAUCCUCAAGCUGCUUCCUGCAGUGGGCAUUGGCUGUGUGGCUCAUGAACUAGUGAAAUUGCUUUUUGGACUAACUUAGAAGUGGAAUACCAAACUGUCAUCACUGCCAUAAUCACUAAGGUAUAAGAUAAUACCUGGGUUAUAAGGUGACCUUACUUUUUCCUAAAAAGAAAGAAAUAUCAACUACUUGUAAAAUUACUUUGUCUUUAUUUAUUAUAAAAUAUACAAAUUAAAUGGUAGUUUUGGCAAAAU